AUGGCACCGCCGCUCGAAGACGUACGCCCGAGUUUUGAACUCCGAGGUCGUAACUAUGUCAUUACAGGAGGUGCCCAGGGUAUCGGCUUCGCUGCUGCACGAGCCAUUUGCGAGAUGGGCGGCAAUGUAGCGAUAUUGGACGUACAGAACAAGCCCGUGGACGAGUUUGAGACUCUAUCGAAGAAAUUUGGAGCAAAGACCUAUUACAUCCAGACUGAUGUAACCGAUCAAAAGAGUUUGAACGCUGCUUUUGCGACAGCCAUCGAGAGGUUGGGAAGCAUAGACGGCUUGGUGCCAGCGGCAGGAAUUGCUAUUGACAAACCCUUUGUCGAUCAGACGUGGGAGGAGUUUACCCGCAUUCAAGAAAUCAACUGCCGGGGUCUAUUCUUCAGCUGCCAACUUGCAGCAAAGCAAAUGAUCAAGCAAGGCACCGGCGGUAGCAUGGUCCUUCUGGCUUCGCAAACAGCACACAUUGCCAUCCCGGGACAUCGCAUGGCGGCGUACAACAUGUCGAAAGGCGGUGUUUUCAUGCUCUCGAAAGCUCUCGGUGUCGAGUUGGCACCGCAUAAGAUCCGCGUCAACACUAUAUCUCCUGGCUUUGUCGACUCAGAAAUGCUGCAAAGAGUGAAGGCGUCAAAGGGCCCGCAGGAAGCAGAGCAAAUGGAGAUUUCGCCACCGCUGAAACGAUUGAGCAACCAGAACGAUUUGACUGGGGCCAUCAUUUAUCUUCUGAGUGACGCGUCUAGGUUCACGACCUCUGUGGACAUUCCCAUCACAGGAGGAUUGCAUGCUGGAACGAUUGAUGGGUUGAUAUACUAUAUGUAG